UACGGCUUUCGAUCAGAUUUACUUCCGCCUGGUCAACAGGAAUAUAUUCAUCCUGCACAGCUUUCUUAUCCUUUAGCACAUGUUCAAGCAAUGCCUUUCGCUGUAGGAUCGGCGGAUAUUGUCGAUGAUGAGAGCGAUCCUAUAUAUGAAAGCAAUACAUUUGACGUUAACUUAAUUCCUGAUACCUGGUUACACUACAACACUUACGGCCACGUUCCUGCAUCAGCAGUGCGCGCUGGUACUGAUGUCGAUGGAGCACCCAUCUACGUCGCCCGAGCUCACCACAAUGGUGAUCUUCUCCCAGCAAAAGCCAUUCCAGACAAACAAGUUGCCUACGUUUGCCACGGAGGACAGGAGCAUGCCAAACACGAUUACGAGAUUUUACAUCAACCCGUCUACAUGUGGGAACCUUGCAGCAAUGGUGAGGUUCCAUUUGGAGCCGUAGAAGUUGGACAUACUUCUGAUGGAGAAAAAUUAUUCAUGGGUCGCUGUGUUCAUGAUGGUGCCCAAACCCCAGGAAAGGUCCAAGUAAGCCAUGGAUGCCUUUACAUUCCAUACAACGGCGAAGAGGUCAGAGUAUGCGACUACGAGGUUCUAGUCAGAAAAUAAUUUAUUAAAGCAUGUGUA